GUCAACGCGGCAUUCCCAUUACCAAUAGCCAGUUGGGCUGCGGCACAGACCAUGGAGAUAGAGAUAAAAGCCCACAGAAACACUCUCAAAGUUUGGAAGACCGAGAGAAAACGGAGCACGAGCUUUUGAAAAUGACUUCAAUGGCAGCACCAACAGGCGCCUACCAUGGCUAUUUUUAUAAGACUCGUAGCAACCACCACAUCGGUUCAGCCCGUCCUCGAAUCUUCCUUGCUCAUCAGCGAAACGACGACGACGACGAAAACAUCAAACCCAGCGACCAAAUUGCUCGAAGGGAAAUUAUACUGAGGAGCAGCGAAUUAGCAGUAGUUGGGGCCAUUUUUAAUCUCAGUGGGAAAAAGCCUGAAUAUUUGGGUGUGCAGAAGAACCAACAAGCACUAGCCCUGUGUCCAGCUACCAGCAAUUGCAUCUCAACUUCGGAGAAUGUCAGCGAUCUUACUCAUUACGCUCCUCCUUGGAACUACAAUGGCAGUAGAAAGAAGCCUGUGAGUAGAGAAGUGGCAAUGGAGGAACUUCUUCAAGUGAUAAAUUCAACAAAACCAGAUAAAUUUACCCCGCGGAUUGCAGAAAAGGAGGAUGACUAUUUGCAUGUGGAAUACCAAAGUCCCAUUUUGGGGUUGGUGGAUGACGUUGAAUUUUGGUUUCCACCGGGCAAUGACUCCAUCGUGGAGUAUCGAUCUGCUUCGAGAUUGGGAAACUUCGAUUUUGAUUAUAAUAGAAAGAGAAUCAAGAUGUUGCGACUAGAACUGGAGAAAAGAGGAUGGGCGUCCGUGGACAGUUUCUGAAAUAACAAGGGAACUUCUCAAAGGCCACUGCUCGCUAGCAGAUCACAUACUCGGAAACAAGGAAUAAAUUCAUGCCAUCAUUUCUUUUCUUUAUUUUUUUUGUUUUUUAUCUAAUAUAAAUGCCUAAUGGUUGGAAAAGCCUUUAACUAUUCUUCGUUUGCAUUUUUCAAGUGCGCGGAAAAAGGAAGUUAUAUUGUACAUAAUUAUGUCUUUUUCUAUGAAAUGGGCAUAACAAGAUUACUUUUAA